UGUUUAAAAAAUAAAUAUAAAGCGUGCCAAUAUAGUAAAGCUGCACACGUGCAUGAGUAACUAGCUUUAGGGAGACCGCGUGUGAAGGUCGGGGCGUGCGUCUCUAGCCGGCGGCGCGAGCGCGUCUCACGACACGUCUCAGUAUCGUCGCGCGGCUCUGAGGACAUGUUCGUAGUAUGGAAUACCAAUGCGUGGUCGUGUACACUGUCAUCAACAUCGCGCCGCCGCGGCCCGCGGACGCGGCGGGCGUCUCCAGCGGCUGCGUCGAUUGGAUCAAAAAUAAAAUGAAAAGGGCGCUGGCCGCAGUGUAUCUCCAGUCGCUGAAACUGACGCCGAACAAUGGUGUGAUACACGGGAACUUGGCAUGCCUCUACUACAAACAAGGUUUCAUAGACCUUGCCAUUGACACCUACAGACAAGCCAUCGAACUAGAACCCAAUUUCCCGGACGCUUAUUGUAAUCUUGCCAACGCACUCAAAGAAAAAGGCCGUGUGACUGAGGCGGAAGAAUGUUACAAUAAAGCCCUACUUUUGUGCCCUUCCCAUGUUGAUACACUUAACAAUCUUGGGAACGUUAAAAGGGAACAAGGGAAAAUAGAGGAAGCGACAAGGCUGUAUUUAAAAGCUUUGGAGGAGUUUCCCAAUUUUGCCGCGACUCAUAGUAAUUUGGCGUCACUUUUGCAACAGCAGGGUAAACUUGAAGAAGCUUUAUACCAUUAUAAACAAGCCGUCAGCAUACAACCAAAAUUUGCUGAUGCAUACAGUAACAUGGGAAAUACCUUCAGAGAACUGCAAAACACGAACGGUGCCCUAAUGAGUUUCAAAAAAGCUAUAGAAAUAAAUCCACAUCUGGCAGACGCGCAUUGCAACUUAGCCAGUAUUUAUAAAGAUCUGGGCAAUAUCACUGAUGCUAUCCAAUCAUACAAAAUGGCAUUGAACAUAAAACCUGACUUCCCAGAUGCCUACUGCAAUUUAGCACAUUGUUUACAGAUUGUCUGUAAUUGGGAUGAUUAUGACGAACGAAUGUUUACCAUCAUUGCAAUUGUUGAAGACCAAUUAUUAAAUAGUAAUAAGUUAUGUUCUGUACACCCACAUCAUUCCAUCUUGUAUCCAUUGACAAAUAGAGCUAGAAAGGAAAUAGCUGCACGUCAUGCUAAUUUAUACUUAGAAAAAGUUAGCAUGUGCAAUAGAAGCAUGUUCAGAUAUCCAAGAAAACUAAAAGGACGUUUGCGUAUUGGCUACGUUAGCAGUGAUUUUGGUAACCAUCCAACUUCACAUCUAAUGCAGUCAAUCCCUGGAAUGCAUGAUCGCGAGAAAGUAGAAAUUUUUUGUUACUCUUUGAAUCCAGACGAUGGUACCACAUUCCGUAGUAAAAUAGUAAAUGAAUCAGAACAUUUUAUUGAUUUGUCUCAAAUAAAGUGCAACAUUAGGGCAGCCAAAAUUAUUAACAACCAUAGUAUAAAUAUAUUAGUCAAUAUGAAUGGUUAUACGAAAGGCGCAAGAAAUGAAAUUUUCGCUGUUAGAUCUGCACCUAUCCAAGUUAUGUGGCUCGGAUAUCCCGGAACAAGCGGUGCAAAAUACAUGGAUUAUUUUAUAACAGAUGAAAUUUCGAGUCCGAAAUCCACAUCAGAUGAUUUCAGUGAAAAGUUUGCCUUUAUGCCACAUACCUAUUUCGUUGGUGAUCACAAACAAAUGUUUCCACAUUUAGAACAUCGUUAUAAUAUUAAAAUAAAAGACGAAAAAGCUCUCAGUGACAAUGUGGCUGUUAUAAAUGCAGCAAAAUAUGUAGAUAUGGACACUCUUUUUGGGGUAAAACAUUAUAAUGAUGUUAUAUCUUUUGAAAACUUGGAACCAAUUAGUAUAGAUGUAAGAGAAAUACACAUUCCUAAAUAUGAGUUUGAAGCGACCAUAAAAAAGCGAGAUCAGAUAUAUAUAAAUAAUGUGUUAGUAGAAAAUGGCAUAUCUUUAAAUCAAAGUACCAAACGAAUAUGUUCAGGGGAAGAAGUUUACGAUAAUAUAGUAUAUACUUCAAGAAAACACUAUGGACUGCCGGAAGAUGCGAUAGUUUUCUGUAAUUUUAACCAAUUAUAUAAAAUGGAUCCAAUAAUGAUGGCAGUCUGGGUGAAUAUAUUAAAAAGAGUGCCAAAUAGUGUGCUCUGGCUCCUUACAUUCCCAAGGGCUGGAAAACCAAAUCUUCAAAGCUACGUACACGACUUAGGGUUAUCUUUUGACCGUUUAGUAUUUUCCAAAAUUGCAUGUAAAGAAGAACACGUUAGACGAGGACAGCUAGCCGAUAUUUGUUUAGAUACACCUUUGUGUAAUGGUCAUACGACUACGAUGGAUAUUCUAUGGGCAGGCACUCCCGUAGUAACUCUACCAGGGGAAACCUUAGCUUCAAGGGUCGCUGCAUCACAACUCAAAACCCUUAACUGUCCUGAACUUAUAGCAAAAGACUUGCAGGACUAUGAAGAAAUUGCAGUGAAGUUGGGAACGAGUUACCAAUAUCGGAAAUAUGUUCGAGCUAAAGUGUCCAAUGCCCGGUUAACAAGCACAUUGUUCGACUGUAAAUUCAGCGCCAGUGAGUUGGAGAAACUUUAUGCUAAAAUGUGGGAUCUUUAUGCAAAUGGAAUGGACCCGGAUCAUAUACAGGCGUACUAAUUAAGAGGUUUUCACAAGGAUUUUAUCGUUUUAUUGAUAUUAUGUAGCAAGACUCCAUUCCACAAAAAUCAAGAGAAUUUAAUUUGAUUUCACCGUCCCGAUAUAUACGUCGUUAAUAAGUUGUUUUACAUACGAAUAAUUUUUAUAAAUAUAAUUCGUAAUAAAAUAAUAUGAACAUUUUAUAAACCAAUUAAUAAUAAUCCAAUAUAGAUAUUUUAAUGUUCUUUAGAGACAUAAAUGGCCUACGUAUUAAUUAUAAAAAAUAACACAGAAUUUUGAAUCUGUCUUCAUAGGUAUAACAAUUAGCUCCGAAUUUGUGGUUCAUUACAUUAUUUUAUUGAAAUCUAAUAAGUUUUAAUAAUGUAUAAUUAUGAAUAAAUUCUAACCAGAAAAAUAAUAAUCUUUUCCUAGGGGUGCAUUUUCUCUGAUACUUUUGGUAGUCCUGUCAAGGUGAAUAGAAUAAUAUGCAUGUAUUUUUUUGUAUUUUUAAUCGAUUUCUGACAUAACAAAACUCUGAUAAAAAUAAAACUGCGAGAUAGCACCUUAUUAAAUUCUGUAAAUUAAACUCAAUAAUUUAACCAUCUUAAACAACGCCAUAGAUUAUAAUAUUAUAUAAUUAUUUUAUUUCAAUAAAUAUUAAAACUAACUUUAUUAAAUAAAUCUUAAUCUAAUAAUACAAUAAUUCAAUAACAUGAUUUUUGAAGCUUCAUUACGAGUACAUUGUCUAUGAAAAUUAUAGCCAUGAUUCCCUCCAAAUAAAACAAUAAGUUACUUUUUAUUUUAACUAACAUUAUUAUUUUUAAUAGUAUAAUGGGGAUGAUGACUAGGUUUGAAUAUGUUGAUUUUUAUGAUACAUUCGGGUAAAUAAGGUCAAUGUUAACUAAUUUAUACUUAGAAAGCAAAGAUUGUCUGGAUAUUUGAAAAAUAAAUAAGAUUAUAAAAUUUCAAAAUCUACUAAAAAUAUUUUAUCGUAAUUAGAUGAAAAUUCAUACAGUUUUAGCUUCCUUACAUUAAAUGUGAUAUUUUUUAAUACAUGAACUAUAAACAUAAACGCAGAAAUAACAAAGAUAUUAGUAAUUUUGUUAAAACGUCCAUACAAAUCUAACGAUCAUUAAUUGCCUACGACGUCAUAAUUGCGUACCAUUUUGUAUAGGGCGUUUUUCAGGGAUCCGCGGCAGCGUCGCAAAUCUGACCCUUUAAAUCCCUGUAGCUCCGAAAGUAAUGAUCGCAGAUACCCUGUUACUUUUACAAAAUUGCUUUACUAUUAGCGUACUCUUAAUUUAUAUACAAUUUAAAAAACUGUCAUCAUCCCUAUUGUCUGUAAAUCGUUUCUUGCUCAUGUUGCCCCUUGAUGUCUUGAUUAAUAUGUGAAGAUCAUAUUUACUAUCCCAGUUAGUUCAGAUAUAGCAAAUUUAUAAUGAAAAAAUUAGACUAUUAUUGAAGAUUAGGUAUUCUUCUCAUAUUUUCCUUUUGUAUAAAAUACCCUUAAAAUGUUUUCUUUUCACGAGAUAAACAUCACAUUAAAUAUAUUAUUAUUUUUCUGGUUCGAGUAAAAUUAUCAAUUAGUUUAAAUAAAAUACCUUAUUGUGAUAUAUAUUUUUAAGAUAUAAUUACUAUGUAUAACGCACAAAAUUGUAAUCUCCUUUUUAAUAUUAUAAUAUUAUGUGUGUUUGAUGUUACGAGAAAUAAAGAUAUUAUAGGUAC